AUGACAACGUCAAUAUUAGAUGAUGAAAGUGCUCAUGUCAAAGAGCUCAAUAGGUUAUUUCUGAGUUGUGCGAAAAACGGCGAUGCACAUUUGGACGCAUCCGGCAUACGAGAUCUAUGUGUCAAACUUAAUCUUUCUCCAUUCAUUGAUGUCAUAUUAGAACGAAUCCUCAGUGGGUAUACGAUUGUUGAUUUCGCUAUUUUCAAAGACCGUUUUGUGCAACUGUUACCUGACAUCAUUAGCUUUACCGCAGCAGCAGAAAAUCUUGAAGCUAAAGCAGAAAAAGUUUUAUCUGACCUUGGAAUUGAACCUGAAGGUUUUUUAACUCGAUAUGAAACACGAAUUUUAUGUAAGCAAAUAUCCGAAUUAAAUAGUCUUGGGUUAGUCGGAAUCGACCAACUUUUUGAUAAAGCAGAUACUACUCACGAGGGGCGAAUCACAUUAGCCCAGCUUCUUUCUCAAUAUGAAAUCCAAAAGCAGUUGAGCGAAGAAGUAGAUUUCAUUACAGAAACAUUUAUACCGACGGUGAAUCUGUUUGAAGCACUAGAUCCUUCUAAUACGGGAAAUAUCCGAUGUCAAGAACUGUUAGAAUAUUGGCGAGCAUGUGGGAUUAACAUCGAACAAGGUCUUUAUGUGCUGAAGCUUUCUGGCCAGCCGUUAGAGGGGACGGUCAACGCUCUUUUGCUAAGCAGUUGUUUGGAACGACAUUUAGGAGAUUUGGCAGCCGCCCCAACUGCUUCUACAAUUAUCAGAGUUGCUUUGCUUUCUCUGCAUGCAUUCAUUGAUCACUUAAGGUGUUCUAUAAAAGAGGCUGAAUUGCGUGCUGAACAUUUUCAUAAACAGUUUCAACAAGCAAAUCAAAGACAUGUUCUUCUUAUUGAAGAAUUCGAACAAAAUCAAAUUUCAAUGGAACAGACGUAUGAGCAACGCUUUAGAGAUUCAGAUGAGCGUUAUCGAGCGAAAAUAGCUCAAAUAGAAGAACGUUUCAAUCAAGAAAAGAAGGAUUUGUUGAUUGAAUUGGAAAAAGCUGAAAAUGAACUUGCCCAUUUUCGAAAAACUGAAUCAUCUUACUGCACUCGUUUACAACUGCUUGAAAAUCAGUUUGCUCGAGUCACAGAGAACGCGCAGCAGUUGUCAAAUACGGUUCAGAAAUUAGAGCAAAUGAAUAAACACCUUUGCAACGAAAUCGCUAGAGUCUCAGAACCAAAACCUUUGAAAGAAACUCAAGCGACCACAGUGCUUAAACAUCGCGUGGAGUUACUUGCUGCCCGCAAUAAGAGGUUGCGAGAACAGAUAGAUGAUUUGAGAAAUAAUGGAAAAAGACGCAUUAGUCAUUUAAAGACAUUUGAACCGCUCUAUUUUCAUUGGACCAAUACGUUUAGGUCGGAAAUUCUUGCUCUGAAACGUCGACGGGAAGGUAGAUCAGUUGAUUCACCUUCAGAAAUAGAAAGCGAACCUGAAUCUAUUUUCAUUAAAUCAAGAAAACGUCGAUUAUUAAAAAUCAAAGAACGUAAGCGUCGAUACGAACUGAUCACUAAAAUACUUGUAAAUUCAUCAUCAAAUGAACGAAUAGUAAAUACAAAAGAAAAUGAAGAAAAGGCUCAAAGUGUCGGUUCUAAUAAAAAAUUCAAGCAUUCUCUGGUAGAGAAUUUGCAUAACAACGUAUUAGAACCCAUUAGAGAACAGCAUCGGAAAGAAAUUGCUGCGUUGAAGAAUUCUGCCAAUAAAACUCUUGCGAAAGCAUUGAAUCGACAGUUGCAGAUUACUCAGAAUUUUGAGAAGGAAAAGCAUCAAUUUCAAUUAAAACUGAUGACCGAAAAAUAUGCUUUGGAGCGGAAUUUCACAAAAGAAAAAAUGAAAAUGAUUGAUCGUUUAAAGGAAGAGUUUAAAUGUGAACUGACUCGUUUAAAGACUGUAAUGUCUCCAUCAACAUCUGUUGAUUCGAAACUGUCCACAAGGGAGAAUUUUGGCGCUACAAAAGUUAGUGCAAGUUGGAGAAGAGAUCAAGCAAAUAGUUCCUUCAAUUUUAAGAAUUUAUUGAAUAAUGAACCAUACCGAUUUAAUGUGUUCAAGAAUUUCCGGAGAUACGAUGAUGCUUACAAAAUGUUCGAUCUUAAUAAAAACAAUGGUGCACUGAAUAUAGAGAAAGUGUCUCAACCUUAUACUCCAUUCAAAGCAAUAUCUAAAAACGUUAAUAUGACUCAUGAUCAGUGCUCUCAUUAUCAAAUAAUUACAACAAAACUGAAACAGAUUUAUGCUGCAGUUGGAGGUGACGGCAAUAUUGGCGAAAGCGGUUUUGAGGACUUUCUUUCUAGUGCAGACAGUAUAACUGAAGUAACUUUUCAUAUUUUUUUCCGUGUUAAUUCUAUAUCAGCUCAUUUCACUCGUGAUUACAAUAAUUUACAGGAAAAAGCAUAUUUGAAAAAUGAAAUCAAGAAACUGGGUGAUCGGCUUUAUUCAGUGCGUGAAAAAAUCAUUGAUCUUCACACUUACCUUACAUUAAGAAGCUCGCAAUGUAAUAUGACCAGGUGUUCCACUGGCUGUAUUGAAAAAUUUGAAAAUCAUUGCAUGGGACGACCUUUUGAUGAUUAUAUAAUCACUGGAAAUAAUCAUAUGUGUCGACAAGGAUUCUCGUCGAAUCAUGGUAUCACGAAAAUAGAGCAGCUUAAAGCUGAGAAUCUUUUGCUCAAUGCACGUCUAUCGCAAUCGUCAGAACUGGUGAAAAUGUUGCUCCGAGAAUAUAGCGAUGAAUUGGAUAGAACUUCACGUUUAGGAAAAUUUAUCCGUUCUAUUUAUUCAAUUAAUGAAGAAUAA